AUAUAACCUAAAACCGGUAUUAUCAAGUUAGUAGUUGUUAAUUUUAAAAACGCUGAACAUUGAAUUUCAAAAAUGAAAUAGUUAAUUGGUAAAUUUAUGGUUCAAUAUAAUUUUAAUAACUUACAAAUAUGAAAGACGGGAGUAAGAAAUAUGAGUUAUUUAUUGUUUUUGACAACAAAAUAUAAUACUAAAAUAUUAGUAUUAUAAUGGAAGCAUUACAUGUUUUGAUGUUUAUUGGUUUUUUACAUUUUUCUCUUUUUUUCUUCAAUACAAUCUUUAUGUCAUGUAUGCACUUACCUUAUAUCAAUCUAUUGCAAAAGUUUGGCAUUGAAAUACAAUUUUUCCGUAUAAAAUGGUUUACUGCAGCCUUCAAUAGGCCUUUGAUGAGAUGGGGUUUAAAUCGCUCAAGAUUCUGGUCACUAUGGUACAAUUUAGGACUCAUUGUAACAAUAAUUCUUCUUCCGGUAUCAACUAUAGUCAUUCUAAAAAUGACAAUUAAUAAUUGGUUUUAUACUUUUGAUUCUGAAUCAGUAAAGAAAGAACAAGUACUGGAAGUAAUGGUUCCUGGUAUUAAUAUACCAUACAAUGAAAUAGGAUAUUAUAUUAUUUCAUUGAUUUUAUGUAGUUUUUUCCAUGAAUUGGGCCAUGCUAUGGCAGCAGUAAGAGAAGAUGUAAGAUUUUUUGGAAUAGGAGUAAUAAUAUGUAUUAUUAUACCAGUAGCUUUUGUUCAUAUAAGUGAUGAACAACUUAAUUUCUUACCUACCAAAAAUCGCUUAAGAAUUUUAUGUGCUGGUAUCUGGCAUAAUAUAAUCCUUUCAGCAUUUGCAUUAUUACUUAUAGGAGUCAUCAAAUUUUGUUUUUCUCCAUUCUUUAUAUUAAAUACUGGAGUUUUUAUAAAAGAUAUUUUACCUAACUCUCCUUUAUUGGCUGCAUCUGGUCUUACAAGAGGUGAUGUUGUGCACCAAAUAAACGAUUGCUAUGUUAAAAAUUCAUCAAAUUGGAAAACUUGUAUUUUACAAGCAGCUCAGCUUCCAACUCCUGGCUAUUGUGUAACAGAUAAAAUAGUUAAGGAGUUGGAUAAAUCAAUUAUCAGUCAUGAUAACAAUAGCAUUUAUCAAUGUUGUGAACAGCACAAUAAAAAUAAUGGCUAUUUAUGUUUUGAACAUUUUGAGGAUUUGGAUGUUCAAACACCUCGAGCAGCCAGGCAUUUUUGUUUACCUACCAGAGCUAUAGUUGAAAGCUCACAUAAUUAUUGUCAAAACAAUGAUCAAUGCUCAAUGUUGAAUGAUAUUUGUGUUAGACCUGCUUUAGCUAAUAUGUCAAAACUGGUUCAAAUUCAAAGAUAUGGUCAUAAAGAUGUACUAUUUUUUGGUCAUCCUUCUGAAAUAUAUUAUACUACAGAUUUAACUGAUUUGGUACCAAGAUUUGCAUUCUUGAGCCCCAAUUUUCCAGAGGCCUUAAUAUUGUUGUGCAAAUAUAUUGCAGUUUUUUCCUCUGGUUUAGCAAUUAUAAAUGUUGUGCCUUGCUUUUAUUUUGAUGGACAGCACAUUGCUAUAUUGUUAACAGAAAGAUUGUUGAGGAGCAAAAUACAUCAACAAUGUAUACGUAAGAUUGUUGCUCUAAUUAUAACUACAAUCUUUACCUUUCUUCUUGGAUAUAAUUUAAUCCUUAUGUACUUGAUCAAGUUUUAAGUUUUCUAAAUAAAAAUAAUUGUCACUUAUUGUGAUAGAAGAUUAUAUAAAUAUUUAAGUAUGUACAGUUGUGUAUUAUAGGUAUAUGCAGUGUUGUUUGUGAAUAUAUACAAUUUUUUAUUUAUUAUAAAUAUGUUGCCUUU